AUGUUUUCCUCGAUGCCAAAAUGGAGGCGAUUGUACAAAUCCGGGAGAGUGCACAUGUGGAGAUCAAUAUUCUGGAGGAGCAUGUGAACAAGCUAUUUGCCAGCAUACGUGUUUGAACGGAGGCAAGUGCACUACGCCAGAUAAUUGUACUUGCGCAACGGGAUACACGGGAGUUGUUUGCGAGAUUGCCAUGUGCACGAUACCCUGUCUGAACGGAGGAUCUUGUAUCACACCGGACGUUUGCGCAUGCGCUCCUAGCUAUUUAGGAUCUGUCUGCGAACUCGGAGGGGAUCCUAGUUCCUUGUUGACUCCGUCGCACCACUUUGCCGAUGAACGCACAAGUCAGCCACUUUCUUGGUAUGAAGAGGAACCACUUUCUACAUUUGGAAAAUUAUGUCUUGUCAAAAUUGAGAUUUUGAAUGCAGAUAUAGAAACUCUACUGACAGCGACAAGCUACACGUCUACAGGGAAGUUCCUUGGUAACUAUACGGUUGGUGGAGCUGAUGCCGGUUUGCACAUUACCGGAAGUGACAGGGCUGCAUGUCUUGAGUUCCGAUGUCCUUCAGACCUUAAUGUGGACUCGAUUGUUGUUAAUAUCACAAUAGCUACAUCCCAACAAAACUGCCAUGUUGUCAAUGACCAGGAUGGAUAUGAUAGAUACGGAGACAAAGAGGUGACCAUUCAAGUGCAACCGCAUAGAGAUUAUGGAUCAAAGUACGGCAUCUACAUCACCUACGGGGUUCUGGAACGGAUGAGAUAUGCAGGAGUACAUAUGUGUCGAAGUGGUACUAACUACGGUGGGGAUAACGUUGUGCCACAUGAUGGAACUGCUGCUACCUUUGCAUGUGAAUAGACAUGUAAAUAUCUUGUGAUUGUGUUUGGUUUUCAAAAUUGUGUACAAUUGUUUUUGUCAACAAAAAAUUUAAAAAGUUAAGGGCAAAAAUCUUUAUCAAUAUUUCUCGAUCUACCGAUAUCUUUUUUGAUCUACCGAUAUCUGUUACAUUUAAAUUUGUUGAAAGUAAAUGAUCCAUGGUUGCGAGAGCAACAAAAGUCUUUACAAUUGAGGUGAAUGUUUUAAAAUAAUGUUGAAAAACAUCUUCACAACUAGAAUGAGGAUGCGGUCGUACAACCCCCCCCUCCCCCUCCCCCCUCAU